AGAAGUGAGUGAAUAAAUCAAGCCAUUGAAACAAUGGAGAAUUUCAAUAGUCUAGAACAAGUUACAUUGACUAAGGAGUAUAUAAAGAAACAUCGUUUGAAUGAGCUAUUUGCUCAUUUUCUAAAGCUUCUAUUGUAUCACAUUCCGGAAGAUCCUCGCGGAUUCUUAUCCAAAGAAAUCAAGAAAAUCAGUGAGGAGAAGACUCGCUCGUCUUUUUUUAAUGAAAAAGACCUUGAAACGAUGUUUGAGCUAAUCGAUGUGACGCGGCAAAAGUACAUCACCGAGCAACAACUGUGGAAUACGUGUCGUAAUUUGUCAAUGAAUGACAACACUGAUACUGAUGACGAGCAGUCCAGCUCUGCUCAGCAAUCCCUUGAACAGGCCAUUGCAAAUGCAGUGGACGAAAAUGGGCAUGUGACGCUAGAAAAAUUCAAGGAGGUGGUUUCUUCAUUACUCCUUGUCACAAAUAUGUCAAUCGUAUGAAUCUGAAAUCAAACUAUGUCCGUUUAUAUCUAUAUAGAUAUCUAUUAGUGGUGUAAGGUGAUAUUGUGAAUGUAUAGUCAAUCAUUUCACGUAAAA